AUGUCAAAUAAAUCGGUCCUCAUUGAUAAGGAUAGUGAGCAACUUACUGAUGAGAAAAAGGAGCAACAAUAUGUACACGAUGUUUAUCAAGCCAUCGCGCCCCAUUUUAGCCAGACUAGAUAUAAGCCGUGGCCUGUUGUUGAGCAAUUUCUUAAAGGAUUAGAUGUGGGAAGUGUGGGUGCAGAUAUAGGAUGCGGAAAUGGUAAAUACUUGGGUGUCAAUAAGAAUGACUUUGUAAUUUCCAUUGCUGUAAUUCAUCAUUUCACAACACCGGAGAGAAGAAUUGCAGCAAUAGAGGAACUUUUUCGGAUAGUAAAACAAAGAUCACACGUUCUGAUAUAUGUUUGGGCUCUGGAACAAAACGAUGCGCGUCGCAAAUUUGACAAAGAACACCAAGACGUGUUGGUUCCCUGGGUUGUUCCAGCAUCAAAGAAUAACCCGAAUAGAAAAGAAGAAGCUACUUAUAAUCGCUAUUAUCAUUUGUUCAAGAAAGGGGAGUUGGAUGAUCUUGUAUUGAGUACUGGGAAGGCGCAAAUAAUCAAGUCUGAUUAUGAUAAAGAUAAUUGGUAUGUUGUUGCGAAGAAGAAUGGUGGAAGCCAAUGA